UGCUGCACCCGUCCCAGAAACAAAGUGCAAUAUAAGUUCGCGCAUUCGUUUCCCUAUAUCGAAGCAGUCGCUGGGUUCUUACUGUCAGUACUAGUCUGUGCCUUACACAGUGCGAGAGGACGGCAGCCAUGAUCCACCCCCGCACGCUCAGAGUAGAUUAUGGCAAAACUACAAAGGUAUUAUACGUGGUUGGCUCGCAGCUAAACGUGAACCUGAGCAGGAGCGCUCCUCCCAGUUCCAAGUUUUUCUCCGUGAAGUGCACCGCAAAUGUUCAGUACAGCAUCAGCCCCGUGCCUCGGGAGACAUCCAGCCUCACUCCCAUCCCUCUCACGGAAAGCUCAGCCCUGCUUAUCAGCAUGGACACUGCCAGUGAACAUGAAAAUGAUAGCAAGCUGUCAGUCCAGUACUACGGGGAGAAAAAAGACGUCUUAGGAACAGCAAUCUUACAUCUGACAGCAGUUGAGAUCUCUCUGGAUGUGGAUGCUGAUAGAGAUGGCGUCGUGGAGAAAAACAACCCUAAAAAGGGUUCUUGGAAAUGGGGUCCUGAUGGGCACGGGGCCAUCCUUUUGGUCAACUGUGACUCAGAAAAGACCUACUGGAAAAAACCAGACAACAAGGACACAAGCAUUUCUAGAGUGUCUGAUCUAAAGGACAUGUCAGUCAUGGUGCUGCGGACCAAAGGCCCUGCUAAGCUCCCAGAGGGCUAUAAACUAACCAUGCACAUCUCUCAGGGUGAUGCAGAGAGUGUCCGAGUCUUCAGAAGCCGAUCUGCUGAUGUGCUGAACAGUGGCCUGUCACAGAAACUGUACAAUGUCUUUGUGAAGGACUUUCCACUGGUGCUGAGCAGCGAGGUCCUGUCCAAGGAAGUGCCUUACCUGGGAGGUGUGGCAGAGAUGAAUUUUCACGUAGAGGGCCUGAGGUUUCCUGACAAGGACUUUGAUGGGCUCAUCAGCAUCAACCUAAGUCUAUUGGAACCAAUCUCUGCUGGUGUUCCUGAGACACCCAUUUUUACAGACAAAGUGGUGUUCAGAGUGGCACCGUGGAUCAUGACACCCAACACGCUUCGACCCGUAGAGGUAUUUGUCUGCAGUACUUCUGAUAACUACCAGUUCCUGAAAGGAAUGAGGAACCUUGUUACGAUGAGUGGGUAUAAACUGAACAUUUGCCAUGAAUAUGAAAACAGAGGAGACCGCUGGAUGCAAGAUGAACUCGAAAUUGGUUACAUUGAUUCACCUCAUCAGCGUUUUCCUGUUGUUUUGGAUUCCCCGAGGGAUGGAGAUCUUGCAGACUUUCCAUAUGAUAAGCUGCUAGGCCCCGACUUUGGCUAUGUGACGAGGGUGGUCUUAGAUGAACAAGUGAGCAGUCUCGACUCAUUUGGCAAUCUGGAGGUGAGCCCUCCUGUCACUGUGAAUGGAAAAAAAUACCCCCUGGGAAGAAUCAUCAUUGGGGUCGCCUUCCCUACGGCAACUAAAGGGCGAAACAUGACCAAAGUAGUUCAAGACUUCUUGUGGGCUCAGAAGGUUCAGGAGCCCAUCGCCUUAUUCUCUGACUGGCUCUGUGUUGGCCACGUGGAUGAAUUCAUGACUUUUGUUCCUGCACCUGACAGAAAGGGUUUCCGCCUGCUGUUGGCCAGCCCAGAUGCAGCCUACAAAUUAUUCAGAGGCCUGCAGAAAAGUGGACAAGGAAAAGCCACACUGUUUGAUGGGUUGGCAAAGGCAAAACAAAAAACAGUGGAUGAAAUACUUAAUGAUAAAAACCUCCAAGAAGAAAAUAACUACGUACAGAGCUGCAUCGACUGGAACCGGGAUGUGCUGAAGAGGGAACUGGGCCUAGAAGAUGAAGACAUCAUUGACCUGCCAAUCCUCUUCAAGCUGGUGAAGGAAGACGAUGAGCACAGAGCAGUGGCUUACUACCCCGACAUGGUAAACAUGAUUGUUUUGGGGAAAAACCUUGGUAUCCCGAAGCCCUUUGGCCCCAAGGUGAAUGGACGCUGCGCACUUGAGACUAAGAUGUGCUCCCUGAUGGAGGGCCUGGGCCUCAGCUGCACAUUCAUUGAUGACUUUGCCUCCUACCACGAGCUGCUGGGAGAGGUGCACUGUGGCUCCAAUGUCCGCAGGGAACCCUUUCAGUUCAAAUGGUGGAACCUAGAGAUGUGAAUGAAAGCUUAGAUAUAGCUGUUUUACUUAAGGAAACACUUCAUGGUCACCAUUUUUUUUCCUUUCUCUUUUAUUUUUUUUUUUUAAUGAAUACUAAAAAAUCAGCUAUUCUUGCUUUCAAAACGAUAGUCGGUGAUAGGUGCAACUGUGAUCUCAUUUCUUACUCUUCUGAUCAAAAAAUGGAGAAAAUUAUCAGUGUCCUAAUUUCUUUUUUUAAUUCACAAAUCGAAUUAAGGUGACAAAUUGCCUUUCCUGUGCCUGCUUCAUGGUAAAAGUCACCAUCCCAUUUUUAGGUGAAGCAGCAGCAGCGGUGGGGACAGAUCACAUUGCAUUAACAGUAUCUUAAUAUAGCUCUGACACAGUAUAAACAGGCUGCACAGUGAUCAGUAAGGCAUGCACGCUUCGUUUCAUGCGCCUCUAAGGGGAAUCAGUUAGCAGCGACGAAACAGUGGUCUCUGACGCUAACAGAGAAAAUGAAGAUACAAAGAUGUGAUUACAGAAUGUUAAAGCACUGAGAUGACCUGCUCCUUAAAACUGAACAAAUGUAUUUGGUAUCCAGACUGCGACCGGAUUUCAUGAAAAUCUUGAGGAUUAAAAUUUAAAAAGGAGCAGAUGGUGGGGAUCGGGUUAGUGUAUUAGAUUGAUUUGAAAACAGCAGCCUUAAGCCUUACAUCAUCUCUGUCUUCAUGAAUAAUGAACGCCUUAUUUUUCUUGUCAUUUUGGAAUAAAUGCUUCACUGUCAUACAGAAAUACUUAAGUGGUAAGCAUAAUUUUUAUUGGAGAAAGUAUCCUGGAACUCUUAUCUACUGUAUGCAUCGUCCUCU